CCUUAAUCUGCCUACGCAUAUUGCGGUCUAGGAAUUAUCUACUCUGAAUAAAAUAUGAUCAAAGAGUCUGAAUAAUACUUCUAAAAGUCUUUAGAGCUCAAUCCUAAAUCAGCUGUCACACUUUGUAAUUUAGGAAUUCUUUUUGAUAAAUGCGGAACAAUCGAUCAGAGAAUAUUUUAUUAUUAGUAAGCAAUAGAAAGCGAUCGAAGUAUUGAUUAAUCAUAUAAUGGACUUGGACUUGCUUAUCUUGAUAAAUAAAUGCAUGAAAAUGCAAAAUAGCUAUUUUAAAAGUGUCUAGAAGUAAAUCCUUAAAACUUUAACGCAUAUUUGAAUUUAGCAACUAUAUUCAGAAUUGAAAGCAAUUAUUAAGAGAGUAUAGUUUGCUUAGAGAGAUGCUUAAAAAUUGAUCGUUAAAGUGAUAAGACUUUUAGCAUUUAUUAUUAUUUAGCAGAUGCUUAUUAAUAAUUAGGUAUGAUGGAAGAUGCCAUAGAAUAUUUAAAGAAGACCAUUGAAAUUGAACCAUAAUAGUAUUUCCUACAUGAUAAAAUAGGUUAUAUUUACGAGAAAAUGGGUAAUUUAGAAGAAUCAUAAAAACAUUUAGAAACUUCUUUGAAAAUAAAUCCUGAAUCAGCUGGAACUUUAGCUAAUUUAGGUUUCAUAAAUAUUAAAUUAGGAAAUUAUUAAGAAGCUUAUUAAUAAUUAGAAUAUGCUCUAAAACUGGAUCCUGGUGUCUUAUUUUGA